AUGAGCUACGGCGCGCUCUUCGCCGGCGCGCACGCCGCGGCGGAGGACGUCGAAGGAGGAGGAAACGGCGGCGGCGGCGACGGCGGCGGCGGCGACGGCGACGGCGGAGUCGAAAUUCGUCGUCGAGCGCCGCCGGCGAUCGCCGUGCCCGUGUUCCAGCGCACGUACUGCUGGAGCGACGAGCAAGUGCGCGGGUGGUGGAGCGACGCCGCGCUGCGCGAGGGGAGGACGAAGGGCUCGGGCUCGCACGCGUCGGGGAGGUGCCUGUUCAGACGCGUCCGCGGCGACGACGACGGCGACGACGACGGCGACGACGACGACGUGGGAGCGUCCACGUUGCUGUGCUUGGACGGGCAGCAGCGAUGCACGACGACGCAGCUCGCGCUCGCGGCGCUGCGCGACGCCGCGGCGACGCUGCCGGGCUCGGACCCGGCGGCGAGAGAGGUGGCGGACCGCGUCGACGCGGCGUUGUACCGCGACGCGAACGCCGCGAGAGAGUGGAUCGCGAGCGCCGCCGCCGCCGCCGCCGCCGCCGCGACGGUUGACGUUCCGUCUUCCCCCGCGCCGUCGCCGUUCCCUCCUCUCGCGGAGGGUUCGAAGCCGCCGUUCGCGACGACGCUCCUGCCGUCGUUCGUCGACCGCGCGGCGUUCUUCGAGUGCGUCGUCGCCGGCGCGGUCUCGGCGCCGGCGGCGGCGGCGGCGGCGGGACCUGCCGCGUCCUCCGUCCCGCCGCCGCAGUCCGCGGCGCUGCGAGGGACGCCCCUCGGCCGCGCGAAGCGAACGCUGGACGCGCUCGCGCGCGAGCUCCUCGCGCCGCUCGCGGGCGCGGGCGCGCGGCUCGCCGCCGCCGCGACCGCGCUGCUCGACGAGUCGCAUCUCGUGUUCAUCGAAGUCAGAGGCGACGACGUCGACCUCGCGCAGAUGUUUCAGUGGCUCCAAGAGAAGACGCUGUUCGCCGCGGGCGCGGUGUUGUGGAACCCGUCCCCGGGGGUGACGUUCGGCGCGAGCGAUCUCGCGCGGAACGCGCUCGUGUCGAGCUUCAUGUCGCGGUCUCUCCGCGCGCAGGAGGAGGCGUAUAAAGACGUGUGGUUGGAUCCGUUGCAGCGGCGGUUGAUUCGCGACGGCGGAAAAGACGGCGGCGGACGCGACGACGACGACGGCGACGACGAACGCGGCACCGAAAACGUCGGAGGCGACUCCGUCCUCCUGGACGACAUCCUUCGCGCGUUUCUCGCCGCGGAGGACGCGCGCCGGCGCGAGCGCCCGCCGCUCGCGGCGUCGUCCACAGAUGCCGCCGCCGAGGCUGCCGCGAGCGGCCGCCCGAUCGGUCCUCGACGCGCGUGCGCCGCCGAGCGCGACGUCGACGCGAUGCGAAGCUCCGACGCCGUCCCCGAGAAGCUGAAGCUCUCCGUCGGCGCCGGGUCGCCGAUGUGGACGUACGCGCGAUUCCGCUCGUACGUCGAGGAGGUCGCGUUGGGGUUGAGAGCCGCGGAGGGCGGCGGCGGCGCGGAGGGCGGCGGCGCGGGGACGAAGACGAAGACGAAGCCGAGGCUGAACGCGGGCGGGGUGAAGAAAAACUUUGACUUCACCUCUUCGGCGCCGCCGCCGCCGCCGCCGGAGGAGGAGGAGGAGGAGGAGGAGGAGGAGGAGGACGAGUACGUGCCGAUCACGGAGAGGACGUGCCGCGUCGUCGUCGACGCGGUCGUCGCGUUCGCGGAGACCCGCGGGCUGUUGCGGCCCCGAAUAGACGUAGCAGAGUGA